ACCAGCACCACCGAGUACGUGGCCGAGGAGAACCACGGGUUUCCCGCCUCCCGCUUCCCGGAGGUCACCGGGAGGGAGCUCUUCAGCGAUGAAGGUCACUUGGUAAACUGUAAGUUAUCACAGCAGCGCUGAUAUUUGUCUAGAAACUGCAGAACGCGCGGAUGUAGUUACGAACUUCUGUCUAACCAUAAAGCCACUUUCGGAGAGACCGAAACCAGACAGACACAGACAGUGGAAUGUCUCCAGGAGAAUCCUGCUGCUUGUUGGCCAGGAAAAGUCACGGCCGUUCCCAGGGGCUGCGUGACAUGGAGCUGCUAACGGGCCUCGCUGUAUCCUCGUGGGUGGCAGCCCGGAGGUGGAUUAAAUUUUAGAGAUAUCUACAAGUACACUGGGAUGAACGUAAUGGGGACAAACCAAAGCCGCGAGCCGGAGUUAUGAAUCACAACACCAGGAACCCCAGCAACUCGGACAUGAGUGAAGCGGUUGUCUCUAGAGCAGAGCUUAUUAAAAAUAGCUGCAAAGUAUAUGCCAAAGAGGACGUGGACAGUGAGUCCUCCGCGCUUCCCGGCGUCGGUCGUGCGGGGCGCGGAGUCCUGCAUCGCGCUGCGUCGGAUGCAAGUGUCGGCAGAGACGCGGAUAUUGAGGCAGAAGCAUGCUGUUGAGCUAAUUCCCCUCACUAAGAUCGAGUACGAAUGGAAAGGGAAGGCAUAUUCCUUCUACGCCUUCGGGAAGGAGAGGAAAGUGCACGCGGAGGAGUACCCGGGCAGGUGCUGCUGCUCCCUCCUGUGACCCCGGCAGGUCCCGCGGUGGGAAACCGUCCUGCCCCAUCAUCGCCGCCCGCGCCGGGGGAGGGAACCGGCUCCCACCCGGCGAACGGCGUCGAGUUGAAAGCUGAUAGAAGAGGAGGACUCGGGGCUCUCAUCCCGAGCCUCAUUUCUCCAUCAAAAAUGCACCUAGAGUUAAAGCUGAAAAGGAAAUGCUUUACAAAGGGAGAAAACUGUCUGAAAAGGAACAGCAUUUGCCUCAGAUUAAGAAAAAAAAAUUGGAGAGGUGACCUUGAACAAAGGUCUUUCCUUUAAAAAUUAAUUUUUGGUGAAAUUUAUACUGUUUUUUUUUCCUCUUAUUUGUUUGAUGGAGGAGGGAAGAGAAUUAGGAGAAAUCCAUUAUCUAUCUCUAUGCAGAACUCCAACUUUCUUGUUAGGCAGCACAGCAGAUCAGUAAUUAUUUACUCUGCUUAGAUUAACCACAUUCUUUUCCUAAUUUUUCCUGCUAUACAUACAGAAAAUGUCACCUACUAGUAAAGCGUAAAGACUCUGCUUUGACGAGUGCAAUAGCAAACCGAGGAGCGUUUCCUUAGGCUGUUAUUCUCCACUUGUAUUAAUUCUGUGGAGAAGGAAAAAUGGCUUAGUACAAAGCAGCUUGGAAUUGGCAGUGGAAGAUAGAUAAAAAUUUAAAACCUUCUAUUUUUCCUUUAAGGCUUUGCAUUAAAAUAUUGUAUUCAGUUUUUCAGCUUGCUAAUUUAUUUUUUUUAAUCCCAAGUGUGAAAUGCCCACGCUAAACCGAUGGGACCGUCAGCGUCGUCAGGCAGCUUCACGGGAUAUGAGAGAGCGGAGGAUCGUGCCGCGUGGUUUCUAAAUGCACUUGUUUUACAGCUGUGUCCCGGGAUGUGCGUGGUGUGAGCAGGGGAACGAGGCAGGUCUGGGGGAUCUGGGCGUCCUGAGGACAGGACGCGACAACACGCAUCUCCCGCGAAGAGCAGGGUCUGCGUCCCUGUGUGGCGGAUCCGGAUGAAACCCCCAGAUUUUCUCGGAUAAGAGCACUGGUUUUUAGCUCUGCAGCACCUGAACCCAGACGGCGGCUGUCGACCGCCAAGGCUUCCUGGGACCGUGCCGGGCCAGCGGCAGGACCCGGCGCAGGCACCUUCCCGCUCUUCCGUGCAGCUUUCGCUGAUGGUCCGCUUACAGCGGCACAAGGACUCGGAAUUAAUCUGCGGAUCCGGCAACAUCAUCCUGCUUGACCUUUCUUACCGGGACUGAAACUGCGGCAAAGGCGAAGCCCCAGGCUGGAUCCUCGGCGAGGGAACGCUUCCUGCGGAGAGGCCGUUGCAUCCUCAUCCGUCCCUCCCUGGAGGGAACUGUCUUUCCUUGAACCAAGGGCUUUAGGAUUACGACUUCAGAAAGGUGAAAUUAAAACAUGAGCGUAGCAAGGCCGCUCAAAACAGGUGGAAGUGAGGUACAGGGCAGCUUUAGGUUCCUUUCAGUGGAUGCCAAAGCUACCUGUGAGCUCCUGACAGCGGAGGUUCAGUAAGUGGCUCCAUUGACGUUUUCUUGAGGCUGUAAAUUAAGAUUUUUGCUAAAUAUUUCCUUGUUUUUUGCAAAAACAUUAACUUUCAAGAGCUGCUUUUUUAAAAUCAAAAUUCAUCUAUCAAACCGUAGCUUUUCAGAUCACAGGAACUUUAGGGCUUUGAGCAUUUGGUCUUGCUCCCCUGGGCCUCGUUCACCUCCCGUGGCUGAAGACGGAGGGGAGAAACGAACCAGCAAAUCGCUGUGGCUUCAAGUGCGCGGUGCGAGUUGUCGCUGCCAAAGCACAGGUGAGGACGCAGCUAGACGGUAAGAGACCUAGGGAGCAAAUCUGCACGUCCGAGGCACAAAAUGUCCGCUAACAGCAUCUGGUAAUGCUUUUCCUGAAAGAAAUCUCUGCCUUCCUAAGGCCGGGUGUGAGCUGGAGCACCGCUCCUCUGCUCCGGGAUGUGACACGCGAUGGAGAGGAACGAGCUCGUUAAGUCCCCGCCGACCCCACCUCCCCCAGACUAACGAGCCGGGCUCAGCGUCACAGGAUCAGGCUCGAGAUGGAACCGCAGCUUCCUGGGAGGAAAACCCGGUGGAGACAGCAGGUCUGCAAUGAAACGCGAGACCAGGCGCUGCUGCGCGGGGGUCCGUCGCGCCUCUCCCUCCCUUUGGCACCAUCCGCCCUGGGCGCGGCGGACGGGAGAUGCUCGGGCUGUCGGCUGGGAGGCAGCGACCGCGGCUGCUCCGCUCGGCGUCAGCCUUUUCGGGAACACCAGGCAUCAGCAGCUGGGGAGCUGCUUUGGAAGGGCGUGCAGGAGGACGUUGGCCGUCUCUGCCGAUGGUUUUUGUUGACCGAAGUGCUGCACGCUGCCGGCAGCCGUAACGCGCCAGCCUCGUAGCCUGAAGCCCUGCGCUCCGCUUGCUCCCAGGCCCUGAUCCUCCCUGCGCCUUGACAACGCGCUCGAAACUUCCCGUAUCCUCCCGUAAGCGAGGCUGACCCGCCUUUAGAAAGCAAUGCCGGCACGUACCCUCCGCCCUCGUCCUCUGCGGUGAGCGCUGGGAGAGGUCGGCUUGCUCGCGCGCAGCUGCGACUGCUUCACCUUUCUAACUGUAUAUGAUCGUCCAGAAAGCCUGUUGUUUAAUGCUUUUAAGCAUAAACCAUUAUCCUGUUCCAUGGAAUCUAGGUUUUUGUUUGCCAAUUUUUUUUUUUAGCAAUUUGUCUUUUUUCGGUGAAAGGGGACAGUUCGGGAACAAUGUUAUCACGGUGCAGCAGGCCCUUUGCUGCAGCUUUGUUUGUGUCGCGCUAUUCGCAUGCGUUUCAGCGUGUGAACGCUGCCGAGCAGCUGUGGUUUUGAGCCGUGUUUUUAAAACAGCACAAAAGAAUUUGACUCCUGAUAGAUUUCAGUCUCCAAUAUAAUACACAGAAAUGAAAAAGGCAGUUUCUAAAAGUGUCUCUUCAGAAAAGCAUGCAAGCAAACAGUAAACAUCUAAAAUAUGUAUAAAUACUGCUUUAUAGCUGCAAAUUCAAUGCAGUGAUUAUAAGGAUAUUUCUCAAAUGUUCUACUAACGUUCAGCUCUUACUUGCAAAGUGCAGCCCCUGCCUAGGAUACGCAGCUGUACUUGCAGAUAUAUAGUACGUCCUGUGCUAUGUAGUUGUCAGAAGUUCAGACAACGAUGUCUGGAAGUUGGAGGAAGCGGAGCUCAUUAACGCAGCAAACCUCAGGGAAGCUGACAGCAGCGCAGCUCCCCGGUGGCUCGUUUACUCCGCGUUACUUCCGUACGCUCCCUUUCCAGAGGGAAUUCCAUCUUUCCCUUUGCUCGGGUGCUCCUGUUUCCCCCACGAGGCCUCGGUGCGUGGAGGGGUUCUGCCAACAGACAGCCGUCAGCCGACGUUUUCUGCUAAUGGGCCCAGUUCUGAGAUGGUUAAUGUGAAUAUUUAUGUCUUUGCUCCUCUACCUCGGCAUCAAAGCCUUAUUAAGCGGAAUGAUGAAUUUCCGCUCUCUGGUGUCGUUCCCGCUAUUAAACGUGACUGUGGUGGAGGCUGGAGCUGCACAGACUUUCUGGCUAUAAUUAAAACCAGCUUGUGUUUGCAGUGCUGGUAGGCUUAGCUGUGUUAAUUAUAUCUCCAAAGCAAGCUGCUCCUCUUCGCUGUCCAAGUUUGCAGCACGCCACAGCCCACGAGAAAGCAAACCCGGGCUGGCUGUCUCUGCAAAAGGCUCUGGUGUUUGGGACGUGCAGCUCGUGCCGUACGAGAGCUGCCCAGAGGGACGACUGCAGCUCCCGCGCUCAGAAGCGCUCGGGUGGUUGAUGCUGCCGGAGGCCGGGUGCCACCGAGGACCCGGGGCUACGCGGGGAGCCUCUGCAGGACAGCUCUUCCCCCGCCUUUCCAGCUGCCUUGUCCCUGUUUUUGAGAGCCGAUGCACGCCGAAGGAUGUCUCCUACCU